AAAGGUAUAACGGAGAAAAAAAUUGCAAGAAUUAUGGAUGUUGAUCGAGUUUUGUUAAAAAGGAAAUGGUCGUUAAUAUUCAAAUUAUGCCUUAAAGAAUUGACAAAUGAACAGCUAUUGGAACAUUUAUCAAAUGAUUUCACUUAUUUUAUUGAAGGAUUGAAAGAUUAUAAUGAUUUGUUUUUACCAUUUUCAACAAGAUAUCAAAUAAUUGAAUUUAUUAUUCGGGCUAUAUAUGACGCUAGCUUUCUCAAUAAAGACGAGAUUAUCUAUUUACUUGAACGAUUACAAAAUGCUGAAAACAAUGUAUUAACUAAAAAUCUCAACAUAUGUAAAAUAGAUUUCACGUGGAAUAUUAUUAUUGAAAAGUUUUGCGAAGAAAUAUUUUCGACUGAUCAGCAAGUUUUGGAAUUUUUCGAACAAUUUACAAACGGAAUAACUUGUCUUAACUAUGCUGAAAAUGUAUUUUUUCUUGCAAGACUUCAGAAUAAUCUUUUAUCUAUUGAACAAGUUUCAGAAUUUUUAAGCAAAUUUGCAAAUGGAAUUGUUAAUCUUAGUAAAGUUGAAAAUGCCUUUUUUCUUGCACGGCUUAAAAUUUCAAUCAUUUUAUGUGUAAACUUUCAAUCACUCACACUGCAUCAAGAUGUAUUAUUUUUAAGUCAGCUGAUUUUCAAUGAUAAAACAUUAAAAGAUGAAGAAAAGAUAUAUUUGCAUAAUUAUCUUCAAAACGAUUAUAGAAAUGAUAUUAAACAUUCAAUUUUUAGUAAUAUAGAAGAAGCUAAGAACCAUCUUUUAAAACAUUUAAACAUUAGAUUAUUUAAUCGCCCUUCAGCAAAAGAACUUUGUGAAACUUUAGACUUUUGGAUAAAAGAUAAUGAAGCAGUAAAAAUAUUUGAAGAAUCUGAUAAAAUUAUAUUUAAAGCAUUCUUAAGCAAAACGAUAGAUAAAUUUACACAAAAUGCUCAAGUGAAUAUAAGUCAGUUAAUCGAUGGCUUACUUCUUCCAACACCUGUUAACUCGAAUAAAAAUUCAGAAUUAUAUUCAAGCAAAUUUAAACUAAAUACAAGUGCCAAUACUGAUACUCGCAUAUCUAAUUUUGACUCAGCUAAACUUUAUCAGCAAGAAUUGGCAUCCUCUCUUUCUAAUUUUAAUAUUUUGGAAAGUCAUGAAAUUUCCAAAAAUAAUAUUACUAACUAUAAUAUUUAUAAUGAAAAUAAGAAACGAAAGUAUGAUAAGAAAACUGAUAACCAAGAUAUUUAUAAUGAAAAUAAAAAACGAAAGCAUGAUAAGAACACUGAUAACCAAGGUGUAGUUAUUGUAGCAUUUAACAAAUAUUGCUUAUUUACUUACUAA